GAUGCCGCUUUUUGAAGUGAAUUCGGACACCUGAGUGGAUUCGAAUUCGGGUUUGAAGUUUUACAGAAUCGCAGGGCUGUGUUGUUUAAUGAAGGAAGAUUAUUUUACUGAAAAAUAGACAAAAUGAAGCGAAAUAAAAAACAUAGAAUCAAAUCUGAGAAACCGGAGUCUUCGACAUCAUACGCACGGCCGAAAGACGACUACGAUUUGACCUAUUACAUACACGAUAGGGUCGAAUUGAUGCACCAAGUGUUUUCGGUUCUGAAACAUAAACAAAUCAAGCCAAUGAUACCUGAAUGCGUUCUGCACAUCUCAAUUGAUGACCUACAAGAGCUGUGCACCGAAGAGUUACUUGGCAUUAGCUCUAAACGUCUAUGUGCAAUCUUGGAUGGUGCUGAACCACCAUCUGACACAGAGUCAUCGAGCGCAUCUCCUGAGCGGCUGGAGACUAUAUCCCUCGAUAGCAUAUCUUCAGAUGAGGAGAUACUCAGCGAAGCAAGCAGCAAGAAGGGUAAAAAGCACAAACACCGUCACGGGUCCAAGUCCAAGAGGAGCAAGGGCAGGAGGGAGGAGGGCUGCGCGUCCCGCGCGGGGCUCACGGUGCUGGAGCUGCUGGAGCUGCAGGCGCGCGCCCGCGCCAUCCGCGCGCAGCUGCACCAGGACCGCGCGCACAGUCGAGGAACAAACAGAGUCUGUCGCUGACUCUAGUCAUAUUACAUCCGACCAUGACGACGUCGAGAUAAAGGAGGAACCGGCCGAAGUGGUGGAGAUCAGCAGUGACGAGGAGAAGCCGAAGAUAGAGAAGGACGCCGCUGAUGAUGGGAAAACUAAAGGAAACGUCUCUAACGACACCGAUAAAUCUAAAGAAAACCAAACGGUGACAAAAAGAGUCAACGAUCUCAUAAUAACUGUGCCACAGACUAAACAGACCAGAAAGAUUAAACUCAAUCGUAAUAAAGCGACUGCAACAGUCACUAACGCAGGUAAAGAUGCCGAAGCAACCGUUUCCACGAAUAAUAAAACUACUGAUGUAAUUAAAGAAGGCACUCCAUCAGUUAAUAAAGUUAAACAAUCUGCGGUUGCUACAAAACAGACUACAGCUAAAGAAGAUAAAUUAAAGAAAAAAAUUAAGAAAAAAAAGAAGGAUAAAGAUAAAUAUGGCAGCGAUCACGACGAGAUAACUUUACAGUUGUCUGAUACGGAAAAAAUGGACCUCCUAGAAGAUUUGGAUAGAAAGAAUUUCGACAAGUUAUCCAGUUCUAGUUCAGAAGACUCUGAAGAUAGUAGUUCUGAGUCUGAAGAUGAAUCUCAAGAUAAUAGUGAUAAUAAAAAGACUACAAAGAAAAUUGGUAUUAAAAUAUCUAAGAAUAAUGAGGCUGUACCUAAAAAUACUAAUAAAACACCUAUAGAAAAUAAUAUGGAUUGUUCGGAAGCAAAAACAGAUAAGAAUCAGAGCGAAAGCAAUGUAAAUGGCAACACAGAGUUCUCUGAAAAAGAACAAGCAGUUAAUAAUGACGAUUUACUAGACAUUAAAGAUACAAACGAAAUAGCCGAUAUAGCAGAUAGAGCUCAAGAUAAUAAUAAAGAAGCGGUUGAUAAUUCGAAUACAGAAAAUAAUAAUAUAAAUGAAGAAGUGUUACACAAUAUGAGUGGAGUAGAAGAUGGACACGAGAAACAAUCAGAAAAAGACAUUGAAAUGUCUAGCAUAAACGAUAUACCUGUUGUUUCAGAACAAUCGAAUACUAGCGACAAAAUUCCAAAUACCGUGGAAGAUAAUGCUAUAACUGCUAAAGAGAAAACUGCCAAAGUGAAUGUCAUAGUUGAAGAAUCAAAUGUUGAACAGGUAACAGCAACUGUGGCCGGUCAAUCGCAGGACAGAACUAUUGAAAAAGAACAAGAUUCUAAGGAAGAAACUAAAGAUUUGUCUGAAGGAGAAUUAUCAGAAAGAGCUAGUUCAGAAGUAGAAGCUGUCGAGUUACAACCAGAGGUCGUGUGUAUAUCGGAUGAGGAGACAGAAAAGAAGAAUCAUAAAAAGAAAAAGAAGAAAGAGAAAAAGAACAAGAAAGAGAAGAAAUGCAAAAAGACAAAGUCGGAUUUUCGUGAAGACUGUGAUCAAAACUUCUUUAAAGAAACCAAAGACGAGACAGAUACAGACAUCGUAAAAAUAGAAAGUGUUGUAAGACUAGAUGAUGGAGAGAACGAUUAUGAUGAAGUAUACGAAAUUCUAGAGUUAUCAGAUGAUUCGUCGUGUUACGAAGUUGAAGGGACGGUUCUGUCCAAGGAGCCGACUGCGGAAGAAAUAGAAGCUCUAUCUGCUAAAAUAGAUCAGAUAGAGAGGGAAGACGUCGUCACAGAGGAGGAGAUACGCGAACACGAAAGAAAAGAAAAAGAGAAACAAGAAGCACUAACAGAUGAGAAUUUAGAGAAUGUUUCGUGGAAAGAUCGUUAUUUAGACAGUAAGAAAGUGAAGAAAGUGUUGAGCACAUCUAGUAUUUUUAAUGCGUUACGGAAAAAGAACAGAGAACUGAAGAGAAAGUUGGAGGAGUCGAAGAAGAAGGAAGAAAUAAGAGAGAAGGAGAAAGAAUUAGCGCCUCUAGACGACAGUGAAGACGUAAACGUAGAAGAAGGAACUAUAGAUCAUUUCAACACAUUAGAAGGCUCUACGAAAUAUGUAGAUCCUAUAAACGAAAUAGAGGAGAAAGAAGAUACUGAUAAUUUAAUAGCGAUGAGUGAAGAAUCGCUUAUCACACGAGAAAUGAAAAAAGAUGCCAAACAGCUGUUGAAAAUGUAUAAAAGAUUAUUGAAAUACAACGACAUGACGAAACAGAGAGAUCCGAAUAAGAAGAAGAAGAAGAAGAGCAAAAAGAAGAGUAAAGAAAUCAGUGGUGUCACUAAUGGAACAAGUGGCGUGUAGUAUUGUAAUGAU